AUGUGUUAUGAUUCAAAUUUACAAAUCCAUCAACAACAAUAUACAACUUAUAAUACAAAUAAUACAUCUGAUAUAUCAUCAGCACAUACAACAAAUAAUGGAGCAGGACAAAAAAAGAAUUCUACAAAUCAGAUAUCGAAGACAACUAAUGAAGAAGUAUCAAUAAAAAAACCAAAUGAAACAUCUGCAUUACCUUCAACAACGGAAGUAUUGGCAAAAGAAAUUGGAAAAUCAAAUGAUUCCAGUAAUGGCAUAUCAGGUGAAAAAGUUGCAAUAAAAAAUGAUUAUGAAACUAAUGUUGUACAAAUAGAAAAUGAAUCAACAAAAAUAAAUAAAAAAAACAACAACACCAUCAGCGAAUACUAA